UAGAGGAGUCGUGUGUUUUUGUCAUGGACUUUUUAUUUAAAUCAACACCAAUUUUCCCUUUUUUAAUUCUGUUCCUUACUUUAUGUAUGUGAUGGUGAUGUGAUGUUCUUCGAUUAUUGUAUGAUUUUUUCGUGCAUUUCCGAUGAACCUAUAAUUUUCCGUUCAUGUGAAAUCGGUUAAUCGUACUCGGGUCGGCCUUGACGGUGGAACGGAUUGAAUCGAUAUGAGUUCGAUUAAUAACAGCGUUGAGACGGUAAACGCUGCCGCGACUGCUAUAGUUUCGGCUGAAACUCGGGUUCAGCCUACAUCUGUUCAGAAGAGAAGAUGGGGCAGCUGCUGGAGUCUAUAUUGGUGUUUUGGGUCGUACAAGCAAAGCAAACAAAUUAGUCAUGCCCUCUUGGUUCCUGAAUCAACGGCACCUGAACCGGCAGCAUCCAUGACCCAAAAUGUGAACAACUCUAACACCGUAGUAUUUCCUUUUAUUGCCCCGCCUUCCUCUCCUGCAUCUUUUCUCCAAUCAGAUCCUCCCUCCGCCUCCUAUUCACCAGUUGGGUUACUCUCUUUUAAAUCUCUUUCUCAAAAUCCCCACUCCCAAGGAGUUGCCUCUUCUAUAUUCACUGUCGGUCCUUAUGCGUAUGAGACCCAGUUAGUUUCACCCCCAGUUUUUUCUACUUAUACUACUGAACCAUCUACUGCUAAUUUUACUCCCCCUCCUGAAUCAGUGCAAAUUACCACACCUUCAUCUCCUGAAGUACCAUUUGCUCAGCUUUUGACAUCAUCUCUUGCCCGUGCUCGCAGACAUAGUAUGGGGUCUAACCAGAAGUUUCCACUAUCACAGUACGAAUUCCAGCCUUACACAGGAAGCCCAGGUGGCGGUCUCAUGUCUCCAGGUUCCACAAUUCCAAAUUCUGGCACAUCUUCUCCUUUUGGGGAUAAACAACGUGUUCUCAAACUACGAGUGGGCGAGGAUCAAAAAUUCCUUGGCUACGAGUAUUUCUCAACUCGUAAGUGGGGUUCAAGAUUGGGUUCUGGAUCUGCAACACCAAAUGGUGUGGUUUCAACAUUAGACUCGGGAUCAGCAACUCCAUACGGAUUGGGUUCAAGAGUAGGUUCUGGAUCCUUGACUCCAAAUGGUUGGGGUUCAAGAUUAGGUUCUGGUACUUUGACCCCAAAUGGUGGGGAAAUGUAUCUGAUGGAGAGCCAAAUCUCUGAGGUGGCAUCGCUUGCCAACUCAGAAACCGGCUCCCCAAAGGGAGAAACCUUAAUUGAUCACAGGGUUUCAUUUGAGUUGACCCGUGUAGAUGUCACGAGUGGUGUAGAAAAUAAUCUAGAAUCAUCCUUCAGAACUUCAUCAGGACAUGAGCGGGUCGAUGAGGAGGGAACUACAGACGACAAAACGAUUCUAAAGAAGACGGAGAGCCUGUGUGAAUAUUGUAUCAGAAGGAAAAACUCGAGUGACAUACCAUUAGGUGAGGAAGGCAAGGAAAAACAAUGUUACUGUAAACGACAAUCUGUGAGCAGGGAUUUCAAUUUUGACAACACAAAUGGGGGAGUUGUCGAAGGGAAGCCCGCCAUUGGGUGUGAGUGGUGGACGAGAGAGAAAACCGUUGGCGCGGAGUUGGGGUCCCAAAACAACUGGACCUUCUUCCCUAUGUUGCAGCCAUCGGUUAAACCAAGCUGAGGUUAAUUACUAUGCAGUAAGUGGUACAGAAAUCUGAUUGGUUGCAUCAGUAUGCCACCAGAGGUAAUUCAAGUCUGGUGGUUCAACAAACAACCGAUCCGCAGGUGAUAAUUUUGGUUUUUAUUUCCGAUGUCCUCUUCGAUGUACGCAAUUUAUAUAUAUAUCUAUAUCUAUAUAUAUAUCUAUAUCUAUAUCUAUAUCUAUAUAUAUGUAUAUGUAGAUUUGUUGCGAGUUAGUCCAUUUUUACAUGUAUUACGGAUUGAAAAUAGAAAGAUUUAAAUCUGUUAAAUGGUAAUAGAAAGAUGAAAGCAACACUUUCAUGACUUGUUUGAGGUCAGGCAAUGUGAAUCUGGGGUUAUAUCA